AUGAAAAUUAUCAUUUUUCUUGGACUCCUGGGAGCUACAUUGUCAGCCCCGCUUAUCCCACGGCACCUUCUGUCUGCUAGCAAUAGCAAUGAGUUACUUCUGAACCUUAAUAAUGGUGAACUUUUGCCACUGAAGCUUCAGGGCCCCCUUAAUUCCUGGGUGCCCCCCUUCUCCAGAAGGGGCCCCCUGCAACAGCCACAGGCUCCUAUCCCAGCACUUCCUCAGAUCUCACUGUCAACUGUGGACCAGCUUGUUGGACUGUUCCCAAAUGAGAUUCCUUUCCUGAGACAAGUCAGUUUUGCCCAAGGAGCCCAGACUGGACAGCUGGACCCCUCGCAGCCUCAAACACCGUCACAGACCCAACAAGGCCCUAACCCUGUGAUGCCAUACGUAUUUCCCUUCAACAUGCCUCAAGAACAAGCACAGACACAUCAGUACUAUCCUGUUUACAUGUUCCUACCCUGGGAGCAACCUCAACAAACAGCCACACAGUCACCCCAACAAACAGGGCCGCAACAAUUUGAGGAACAGAUACCAUUUUAUGCUCAACAUGAAUACAUUCCACAGCCAGCAGAAACUGGUGUACCAGGAGGACAGCAGCAGUCUGCACUUGACCCUCUCCUGAGCAGAGCACCUGAAACAGUGGUGAUGCCAGCAGGAAUGAUGCCAUAUUUACAAAAUGAAGGCGUGAACUUUCAGCACGACAAAGCAGGAGUGUUUAUGCAUUCGACUUCACCAAAACCCAGAACUGCCAAUUUUUUCACUACUGCUAUAGACCCAAAACUUGCCUCAGAGCUUCCGGAAGAAAAGGCCAUGACUGACAGCCUAAGAGAACCAUAAGAUGGUGUCCAACCAUUUAGAAUUUUUGAAAAAAAUGGGCAGUGCCUUGGAUAUCAUUUUAAACUAU